AUGUACGCGACCAGCGCUUCGACGACGACGUUUGUCGCGUCAUCGUCUCACCGUUUUCGUUCUCGUCGUUCGUGCGUUCGUGUUCUUCUUCGAGCGGCAAAACCAUCAUCGUUCGACCCGUCGGAUCCGUUAACGUGGAACCAACCGGAAAACAAGGACGGAUUUGCACUUGCCAACGAUAUCGUGGCGAACGUGGAAGACGUGCAGAUGCUCACCGACGCGGAUUUAGCGAAGAUUGUUGGGAUGGAAGGCGCUUCGGUGCCACAAAUGGUCGGGGAUAGGAUUAGCGAAGGAGGGAAGAGUUUGGAUUUGUAUGACGAGGAGGAAGAGGAAGAGGUAAAUCGAGCGGCGACGACGACGGCGGAAGGCAUAAACGAAGGGAUGAAAUUGUACAAACAGAAAGAGUAUCGAGAAGCUGAGACGGCGUUUCGAGCGGCGUUGACGUUACCAGGCACCGGUCCGGUUCGUUUUCGUAAGGCGAAAGUGGCGCCGGCGGGGCCGUCGGCCGGGUUCGAAGCGAGAGAAAGUAGUCAGGCUGAGAUUUUAGCGGCGCACUACAAUCGAGCGUGCUGUUUCGCGCAAAUGGGUGAAGUGGACGAUGGGUUGGAGUGUUUGAAGUUAUCCAUCGAGAACGGGUUCGAUGAUUUCAAAUAUUUACGCACCGAUAAGGACGUGGCGCUGUUGAGAGAUGAUAAAAGAUUUGAACGUUUAAUGGAUAAAUACGAACCGAAAGGCGUCGUCGGCGCUUUGAACGAGUUGAUGAAAGGAAACGGCGGGAUGAACAAUCCAGGAGGCGUUGUUGGAAUGUUCAUGGAUAAGAUGAAGAAAUAA